GCCGCUGCCGCCGCCGUCCCUGCCAGGAGCCCCGCGCCAGCAGCACCCUGCCCUUCUUCCCGCUGGGCAGCCGCUCAGUCCUGCCUUCCUUUUUCUCUUCCUCUUCUCCCUCUCCCGGCCGCCUCCGCUCUGGGACACCCCGCCCGCCGCCGCCGCGGCUCACCUGCCUCCCAGUCCAGGCCCUGCAUGAAGUUCUCAGCCUACUGAGACAGAAGAGAGAUUGUUCUUGCCCUCAAGUAGUUUGCAUUCUAUUGGGGGGGACAACACAUACAUUUAUUGGAGCCUGUUCUGAAGCCUGCCACAGAAUAACCAGGACAGGAAGCCCAGACCAAAGGGUACCUUACAGCUUUGUCAUGUUGAAUCUUCAGAGUUUUCCUGCUGAUUGAAGGUGACUGAAUCAAGCAAUUAUCUACUGAAGUUCCAAGCAGGGGCAAACCCGUAGUUUUAUUGCUCAGACUCAAAUCCAAGUCAGAAGGAAAGUGUGGAUAGAUCCUCAAAAAAAUGGAAGAUGGAAAGCCCGUUUGGGCUCCGCAUCCCACGGAAGGAUUUCAGAUGGGCAAUAUUGUCGAUAUUGGUCCAGACAGCUUAACAAUUGAACCUUUAAACCGAAAAGGGAAGACAUUUUUGGCUCUUAUAAACCAAGUGUUUCCUGCAGAAGAGGAUAGUAAGAAGGAUGUGGAAGAUAACUGCUCACUGAUGUACUUAAAUGAAGCCACACUUCUCCAUAAUAUCAAAGUACGAUAUAGUAAAGACAGAAUUUAUACGUAUGUGGCCAACAUCCUGAUUGCAGUGAACCCAUACUUUGACAUACCUAAAAUAUAUUCUUCAGAAACAAUUAAGCAGUAUCAAGGAAAAUCUCUUGGAGUAUUGCCACCUCAUGUCUUUGCAGUUGCUGACAAAGCUUUUCGAGACAUGAAGGUACUCAAAAUGAGUCAAUCGAUCAUUGUGUCUGGAGAAUCAGGUGCUGGCAAAACUGAAAAUACGAAAUUUGUUCUUAGAUAUCUCACGGAAUCCUAUGGUACAGGCCAAGAUAUUGAUGAUAGAAUUGUGGAAGCUAACCCAUUGCUAGAAGCUUUUGGGAAUGCAAAGACUGUUCGUAACAAUAAUAGCAGCCGUUUUGGAAAAUUUGUUGAAAUACAUUUCAAUGAAAAGAAUGCAGUUGUUGGUGGAUUUGUUUCACACUACCUUCUAGAGAAAUCUAGGAUCUGUGUUCAAGGCAAAGAAGAAAGAAAUUAUCAUAUCUUUUACAGACUGUGUGCUGGUGCUUCUGAAGAUAUUAGGGAAAAACUUCAUUUAAGUUCCCCAGACAAUUUUCGGUAUUUAAAUCGAGGCUGCACUAGGUUCUUCGCUAAUAAAGAUACAGACAAACAGAUUUUACAGAACCGCAAGAGUCCUGAGUACCGUAAAGCAGGUUCCUUGAAAGAUCCUCUUUUAGAUGACCAUGGUGAUUUCAAUAGGAUGUGCACAGCCAUGAAAAAGAUUGGUUUGGAUGAUGAAGAGAAACUUGAUCUUUUCAGGGUCGUAGCUGGUGUCCUGCAUCUUGGAAAUAUUGAUUUUGAGGAAACUGGCAGCACUUCAGGUGGUUGUAACCUGAAGAACAAAUCUACUCAGUCUUUGGAGUGUUGUGCUGAGUUGCUGGGUUUGGAUCAAGAUGAUCUUCGAGUGAGUUUAACCACAAGAGUCAUGCUUACAACAGCAGGGGGCACCAAAGGAACAGUUAUAAAAGUACCCCUGAAGGUGGAGCAAGCCAACAACGCACGUGAUGCUUUGGCAAAAACUGUCUAUAGUCAUCUUUUUGAUCAUGUGGUGAACAGAGUAAACCAGUGUUUUCCUUUUGAAACAUCAUCAUUUUUUAUUGGAGUGCUAGAUAUCGCUGGUUUUGAGUACUUUGAACACAACAGUUUUGAACAAUUUUGCAUCAACUAUUGCAAUGAAAAGCUACAACAGUUUUUCAAUGAAAGAAUUUUGAAGGAGGAGCAAGAACUCUAUCAAAAAGAAGGCUUAGGAGUCAAUGAAGUACACUAUGUGGAUAAUCAGGACUGUAUUGAUUUAAUUGAAGCAAAAUUAGUGGGAGUACUGGAUAUUUUGGAUGAAGAAAAUCGUCUUCCUCAACCAAGUGAUCAGCACUUUACAGCUGUGGUUCAUCAGAAGCAUAAGGACCACUUUCGCCUUACUAUUCCCAGGAAAUCCAAACUGACUAUUCACAGGAACAUCAGAGAUGAUGAAGGUUUUAUCAUCAGGCAUUUUGCUGGAGCUGUGUGCUAUGAAACAACUCAGUUUGUUGAGAAAAACAAUGAUGCUUUACAUAUGUCACUUGAAUCCUUAAUAUGUGAAUCCAGGGAUAAAUUUAUUCGAGAAUUAUUUGAGUCAUCCACAAACAACAACAAAGAUACCAAACAAAAAGCAGGAAAACUUAGCUUCAUCAGCGUGGGGAACAAAUUCAAGACACAGUUAAAUUUGCUCCUGGAAAAAUUGCGCAGCACUGGAUCUAGCUUUAUUCGUUGUAUCAAGCCUAAUUUAAAGAUGACAAAUCAUCAUUUUGAAGGUGCCCAGAUUUUGUCCCAACUUCAAUGUUCAGGUAUGGUGUCUGUUUUGGACCUGAUGCAGGGUGGUUUUCCAUCUCGAGCCUCAUUUCACGAGCUCUAUAACAUGUACAAGAAAUAUAUGCCAGAUAAGCUUGCUCGAUUGGAUCCAAGACUCUUUUGCAAGGCUCUUUUUAAAGCUUUGGGCCUAAAUGAACAGGACUACAAAUUUGGCUUAACGAAAGUGUUUUUUAGACCUGGAAAGUUUGCAGAAUUUGAUCAAAUAAUGAAAUCAGACCCUGAUCACUUGGCUGAACUUGUUAAAAGAGUCAAUUAUUGGCUUGUCUGCAGUCGCUGGAAAAAAGUUCAAUGGUGUUCACUUUCAGUUAUCAAAUUGAAGAACAAAAUAAAAUAUCGUGCUGAUGCAUGCAUUAAAAUACAGAAGACUAUUCGAAUGUGGCUUUGCAAAAGAAGACACAAACCACGCAUUGAUGGUCUUAUCAAAGUGCGCACGCUGAAAAAAAGACUUGACAAAUUUAAUGAAGUAGUGAAUGCUUUGAAAGACGGAAAACCAGAGGUGAUCAAGCAGAUCAAGGAUCUUGAUAUUUCUAUUGAUGCAUUGAUAGCUAAAAUUAAGUCCACUCUGAUGACAAGGGAACAGAUACAGAAAGAAUAUGAUGCCCUAGUUAAAAGCUCAGAGCAACUCCUCAGUGCAUUACAGAAAAAGAAGCAACAGGAAGAGGAAGCAGAAAGACUAAGAAAAAUUCAGGAAGAAAUGGAAAAAGAAAGAAAAAGACGUGAAGAGGAUGAGAAACGCCGAAAAAAGGAUGAAGAAGAAAGGCGGAUGAAAUUGGAAAUGGAGGCAAAGAGAAAACAAGAAGAAGAGGAGAGAAAGAAGAGAGAAGAUGAUGAAAAACGUAUACAGGCUGAAGUGGAGGAACAACUAGCCAGACAGCGUGAAGUAGAAACUCAACAGCAGGCAGUGCUUGAACAAGAACGCCGUGACCGUGAGCUUGCUAUGAGGAUUGUUCAGAAUGAGGCAGAACUCAUCAGUGACGAAGCACAGCUCGAUUUAGGAUUACGCAGAGGUCCUGCAGUCCAGGCCACUAAAGCAGCUGCUGGAUCAAAGAAAUAUGAUCUUAGUAAAUGGAAAUAUGCAGAACUCCGUGAUACCAUCAAUACCUCUUGUGAUAUUGAACUAUUGGCAGCUUGUCGAGAAGAGUUUCAUAGAAGACUAAAGGUCUACCAUGCCUGGAAAUCCAAGAACAAGAAGCGCAAUACAGAAACAGAACAACGUGCACCAAAAUCAGUAAUUGAUUAUGAUUUUGCGCCAUUUUUGAACAAUUCACCUCAGCAGAACCCAACAACUCAGCUUCCUGCCAGACAGCAGGAGAUUGAAAUGAAUCGGCAGCAACGCUAUUUCCGUAUUCCAUUCAUUCGCCCUGCAGACCAAUACAAAGAUCCUCAGAAUAAGAAGAAAGGUUGGUGGUAUGCACAUUUUGAUGGCCCUUGGAUUGCCCGACAAAUGGAACUUCAUCCUGACAAACCACCUAUCCUUCUUGUAGCUGGUAAGGAUGACAUGGAGAUGUGUGAGCUAAAUCUUGAAGAGACUGGUCUAACUCGGAAGCGUGGUGCUGAGAUUUUGCCCAGGCAGUUUGAAGAGAUUUGGGAACGCUGUGGUGGCAUCCAGUAUCUUCAGAAUGCAAUUGAAAGCAAACAGGCUCGGCCUACAUAUGCAACAGCCAUGCUGCAGAAUCUGUUAAAAUAAAUGCUGCCCACUGAGUAUAGAGCUAGGAACUCUGGCAGGAAUACCAAGGAAGGAUUCCUUUGUUCCCCAGAGGAUUUAAACAUUCCAUAAUCAUGCAACAGAGGCUUAAUAUAAAGUGAACAGAUUUUAUUAAUCAUGGGAGUUUGUUAAUUUAUACUUUUGAGGGUUAGUUUCAGUAGGGAACUCUAAUUUUGAGCUGGAAGACUUUUUGUCCAGUAUUUUUCCAUCUCUCAUUACUCUAGUGCAUCCCCCUUUAAAAGCCUCUCAAAAUUCUAACACUUGGCAUAAGUCAACAAAUUCUGGCAUUUCUCAUCCUUUGGCAAUAUACUGUAUUAAGUAAUUAGAGUUGUCCUUAUUGAAAGAAGAAACUUUUUUAAAUAUCCAAAAUCUUUGGCUUUUUAAAACUCUGUAAGAUGAGGGUAUGUUGUACCUUUUAACUGGAAUUGUAAGACCUUAGCUUUAGUUUCUCAUACAGAGAAGGUUAGGCAUUUUUCAAUAUGAUCAAGACCUUGAUGUCUUAGUCUCGAGGCUUUUUAGUAUCUGAACUUAAUAACUUUACCAGGAAUUCAUGAAAAUUUCACUUAAAGUUAGAAACUUUAUUUCCCCCCUUUUGUUGAGCCUUAGCUUGAGUGAAAUAAUUCGUUAUGAAUUUUGGAAAGAUCUUAAGUGUAUUUGAUGUAUUAUAUAAUAAAGGAGACACUAAAAUUUAUAUCCUGCACAAUUUUCUCUUUUUUGGAAUCUGAAAUGUGUGUUUCUUGAAGAACCUUAGUUUUAAUUUCUUUAGCAAAAAUAUGCACUUAGUUAAUACAGGUGUUGAAUAGAAAAAAUUGCAAAUAAUUCAGUUAGAGAAAAGAAAAACAUAAGGGAAAAAUACACUGUGGCAUAACUGGAAUGUUUUAGGCUAAAUUCAUGUAUCUUUUCUGCUUUGUCUCUGCUGUGAUUCAAAUGAUAAAAAUUACUUUUGUGUCAAUAUCUUGUCACUUAAUGUAAUUUUUGACUACUGUUUUUCAAAUAAUUUAAAUUCUUUUUUAGGCCCAGUACUUUGCAUUUGAGACUUUUUUUGUAACUGUAGCAUUGUUUUAUAGGCUGUAUAAUUUAAAAAUUAUUUUGCCCAGUAAUUGCUAAUUUCUUAUGUCUAAAAUAAUUAUAAAAACAUUUUCUCAUUGUGUUAGUUCUGAUAAAAUUAUCAGCAGUGUAAAACUUGAUGUUUAUGAUAUUCAUACUAGAAACUUGAAGGAAAAGUGACAUAGCCUGGAUUGUGUUGGCAUUCUUUUUAGAAGUCAAAAGUCUCAUUUGGCUGUAGUGAAGAUUAAAAAUUAGGAAACAAAAUGCCUCUCUGAACACUUUCUUCAAUCCUGUUGAAACUUUAGCUUUCAAAAUGAAUUUUAGAAAGAAAACUAUAGUUAGGAAGAUAUUUCCCAACUGAUUAUUUAGUGUUUGUGUUGCCAGAGUCACUAUUUUAAAAAAUACUCUUCUCUUAUAAUAUGUGUGAAAAUGUUUUAGUACAAAAAUAUUUAUUUAUGAUUAUACUAUGCAAGUGAUUGACUUCUUUUAUGGUAAGGAAAUGAGCUCUAUUGAACUCUUAAUUGAAAAUACUAGUGUAGGUUUCUUUGAAAGCUGUAUUGCUUCAUGGAUUCACCUUAAUCUUGAGGUAUUUGGUUCCUUGAUAGGUGGGGUUAGGAUGUGAAAUGACUUUCCUUAUCUUAUCCCAUCCCACUCAAAUUGGUAUUUGUUGUCUUUAAUAGAUGUUUUUAAUUGAACAUAGGGAAAUAGUUUCAUAUUAACUGAUCCUGAGACUUUUAGAAGAAAAUUCAGCAUUCCAAGAUUUCUUUAGAAUGACAUGACUGUUUUCUCCCUUCUCUUAGUAUUCAGCUCAGAAACAGCUUCCCCCUGCCCCAUGGUAGUCUCCUUGAUAAAAUAAUAGAUGUCAUACAGAAAAUGAUUGAUUAAAAAGGAUAUAACCAUUUUAAUCAAAGAACUUAAAAAGGAUAUAACCAUUUUAAUCAAAGAACUUAAAAGAAAUAUUUCAAUAAAAUAUCUUCACCUUUCUUUUCCCCUUUCUCAGAUCUAGUAUUGCCUAACAAAAAUCUAGUAAAACCUUACUUCUGAUUUUAUCCUAUAGUUGUCCCAAAACUUAUCUGCCUGGAAUGGUCUUCUGAGUUAAAGUUGGUUACCAAGAGAGUUACUGUAAUUCAAAUUGAUUUUCAGUAACCUACAUAACAGUAGGCUAACAUGGACAGAAGACAGCUAUUGAGAGUAUUGAUAGAGCUCUAGGCUGUACUAUUCAUUUUAAUGGGAUUCUUGUAGAAGCAGUGAAUCAAGAUUCCUAAGGGCAUUUGAUACAGUUGUUUCCCUGUAUUCAUAGAUAAACUAGUCCCCUUGUAGAGAAAGAUGACACAGGGAAUGGAGGAAAAUCAUUUCAUACUCUAACCACUUAUUUUAGCUGAGAAUAUUACAAUAAUUUUGUUUUGAAUAAUCAGCAUUUUAAGGCUUUUGUCUGCACUGAAUCCUUACUGCUUGCUUAUCUUGAGGCCUGACUGCAUAUUUCUUUGAUAUGCAUGAAAUUGGGUAUAUAUUAACUCUUGAAAAAGAUGGACAAAAAAUAUGUUCCAAUUAAUACUUCAGCUUAAUACAUUAACAGAUGAAAUAUUUUCUGCUUCUAAUUCAUUAGAGAAAUUAAUGUGUGCCCAAGGUGCACUGAAAGAAGGGUACCCUUUAGAAUAUAUUUCACUUUAAGAAAUUUUUUUUAUCUGUAUGCCAUUCUUUCAAAAAAAAAUUGAGAAACCUUGUUUAUUGUAUUUCAAGGGACCACAAAAAGAACAAUUUAAAGUGGAAAAUAGGUGGUGUGUUUUUAGAAAUUCAAUUCGCAGUUUGGAAAGUUACAGGUAGGAGAAUUGUCAUGAAGAUUCUUUAUAUAUAUGCUCUCUUUGAAGAAACUAGUUGUUUCUUCAAAGGUACUAUUUCUAAAAAUAAUUUCCUUGGUUUCCAGUGAAGUUAAAUCUAAAAGAUCUUAGGUUUAUUUAGAGUAUUUAGUUCUAGUUAUAUAGAAGCAUAGGUGGUCAUUUACUUUCCUUUUUCCUUUCAAAAGGACAUAGUGUGGUACAGUGGGGGAAAAAAAAAAAACCAACCCUGG